AUGUGCACAAUGAAGGAGGAGGACAAGCACAUUAACAAUGGCAGACAAGAAGACAGAUUAAGUUCUCUACCUGAUACUCUUCUUAUCACCAUACUCUCUCUUCUCCGAAUUGAUUCCGCCGCCGCAACCUCAGUCUUAUCCCAUCGGUGGCGCUACCUGUGGACCCACAUCACCAACCUCUCCCUCCUUUUUCCGGAGAAGCCUAACUUCGAUAACUUGAAUUAUUUUGUUACCACCGUCGAACACAUCCUCUGCCAGAUACAAUCCUCCAAAAUCCACACUUUUAAACUUAGUUUCUACGGAAGACUGUCAUGUAAUGCAACCCUAGAUUUUUCUGGUUCUAUGGUUCCCUGGAUUCGUCAAAUUUGCCGCCGUAAUCCGGAGGUAAUUGAGGUAAGCUUUUGUUCCGCUUCUCAGAAUUCUAAAAUUCAGAUGCCCAAUUGUGUUUUCAAAACUGCAUCACUGGUAGACAUCAUAAUGUGUUAUAAUAUUCAGAUGCCCAAUUGUGAUGGCAUUUCGUUUAUUAAUCUUCCUAACUUGAAGAAGCUUGACCUGUAUCUUUAUGAUUCACAUCGUUAUUUGUUGGGUACCCUUUUUAAGUCUUUGCCUAUAUUGGAAGAUUUGGAUUUAUCGUUGGAUUUGACCAAGAAUGACCACAGAAUUGUUAUAUCUGCCCCCAAUUUGAAGCGUUUGUUUAUACUGUUUAUGAAGGAUCAUGCUCCGAAAAACUGUAGAUUUUCGAUUGAUGCCCCUAAAUUGUACUUUGACACAGAGGGUUAUUUUUAUCAUUUUGUUAAUAGCCCAAGUUAUUUACAAGAAGUGGAACUUAGCCUAAGUGACAACGAUGAGUAUGAGUAUCUGGACCCGAUACCAGGGCUGAUUAAUGGGAUAACUUGUGUUAGGACCCUUCGCAUAGCUCAUAAUGUUGGUCAUUUGUUGAGGUAUCUUAAUAAUUUGGAUAGAAUCGACAUGCCUGUCUUCCGUAAUUUGACGCAUCUUAGUUUUCGCAGUGAUGUCGAUGCUUUGAGGGACAAAUUACCAGAUUGUAUGUUAGGCAAACUUACGAGGCUAGAUGUAGAUGACCUGAAGCUGAUUGACUACGACUGUGAAAUCGAGUGGAUAGAACACACUCUUAACAAUGCUUCUCUUUUAGAGGACCUUUAUGUUACUAUGGAUAUCAAUGGCCAAGGUGAUCCUGAUUAUGAACAGAAGGAAUUCAAUUUCUGCAAAAAUUUCUUCAGGAGAUCAUGGAAUUGUCGGAUUGAGUUCUCCGGCCAGAUGAUCAAAGCUUCAAGUUCUAACUUGAGAAAUGGCCGACUUACUUGUGAAAUGUUGCUUUUUGAUAUACCAUUGUCAACUUUUCUAUGA